AUGAGUUCCGAAAAUAUAUCUGAUUCCGCAAACAAUAUUCCAGUAAAUAAUGUUGUAAAUUGUAAUGAUCCAUACUUCAUUUCAAAUGGAGAUAGUAGUACACAAAACCUUGGAAUACAACUCUUCAAUGGUGAUAACUACGUUAAUUGGAGUAGAGCUGUAAUUUUAGCUCUUGGAGCUAAAAAUAAAAAGUGUUUCAUUGACGGAACACUCAAGAAACCUGCUGCAAGUUCUGCAGAUUGCCAAAAGUGGAUUAGAAAUGAUUAUCUGGUCACUUCUUGGCUUCUGCGUUCCAUGGAGCCUAUACUUAGUGAGAGUUUUGCUUUUGCUGCCACUGCUCACAAUCUUUGGGAAGAAAUCAAGGAGAGGUAUGGAGAAUUUAAUGCUCAUCUUCUAUUUGACCUUUACAAAAGUCUUUCAUCUGUUGAACAAGGAUCUUUAUCAAUUGCUGCUUAUUACGCAAAAUUGAAGAAAAUGUGGGAUGAGAUUCAAGCAUUUGAUGAAAUUCCUUCAUGUAUUUGUGGUGCUAUGCAAUCUUGUUCUUGCAAUUUGCUUAAACGAGUUCUUGAGGCUGAUCAACUCAAGAAAGUUAUUCAGUUUCUUGCUGGUUUAAAUCGAAAAUAUGAUCAAACUAAAUUGAACAUAUUAGGUAUGGAUCCUCCUCCUGGAGUUCUGAAAGUUUAUCAUAUCUUACAGCAAGUUGAACGCCAAAAUUCUAUUUCUCAAGACAAAACUGAAUUCAGUGCUCUAAUGAGUACUAAACAGCCUUAUUUCAAACCUUCUUUCUCUUCUUCUUAUGGUACUCAAAAAAGAGAUUUUAAGAGGCUCAGAUCUGAUAAAUCAGACAAGUUUUGUGACUAUUGCAAGCUUAAAGGUCACACUAGAGACCAAUGUUUCCAGAUUCAUGGUGAACCGGAGUGGUUUGUUGCUCUUAAGAAGAAGAAUCAACAGAAUUCUUCCAAAAUGGUUGCAAAUGUUAUUGAAGCAACUGAAACUGUUGGCAGCACUCCUCUUGAUUGUGCUCCUGCUGCUUCUUUACAUCAAUCAUCUUCCUCUUCUUCUGUCGAUCAAGAAAUGAUAGAGGCUGUUUUUCAAGGAGUUAUGAAGAUGAUGCAACAGAAUAAUAAUUCUCAAGUGAAUUUUGCUGGUAUGAUUUCUGUUUCUAAUGCUACCUCUUUGCAUAAGAUUUUUAAUUGUCAAUCAUGGAUCAUUGACACUAGUGCCAGUGAUCAUAUGGCUUCAAAUCUGGCUUUGUUCACUUCUCUACAAAGUCUUAAAUCUCCUAUAAAAGUUGGCUUGCCUGAUGGCAGUGUUAAAUACAUCUCUCAAGUUGGUACAGUGCAACUUACCUCAGAUAUUGUCCAUCACAAUGUUCUAUAUGUUCCAGAUUUCAAUCACAAUUUGCUCUCUGUAGGCAGAUUGCUUGAUCAACACAAGUUGAAUGCUCAUUUUCAGUCUACUUCUUGUUCUUUUCAGGACCUUACAACUAAUAAAGUAAGGGCUAUUGGGAAGAGACAUGCUGGAUUAUACAAAUUCAGUGAGCCACAUAUUACUAGGCUUGGCCACAUUUCUCCUAGUAAGAUGAAACAUCUAUGUGUUUCUGUUGAUAUACCUGAGGCUGCUCCUCAUUGUGAACCUUGCAUUUUUGCAAAACAUCAUAAGUUUCCUUUCAAUAAAUCUACUUUUAGAGCUGCUGCUAUUUUUGAGUUGAUCCAUAUUGAUUUAUGGGGUAAAUACAACACUGCUUCUUUAUCUGGUGCUCAAUAUUUUCUUACUAUCCUAGAUGAUUAUUCUAGGACAACUUGGACUCAUUUGCUUCAAACUGAAGAUCAAGUGACUUCUAUUGUUACUGCCUUCUUGGCUUAUGUUUAG